CAGAAAAAGAGAUUUCAAGACAUUGAUAAAAAGACAUGGAAGAAGGGAAUGAAUCAGAGAGAUGGGAGGGGUAUGUUGACUGGAGGAAUAGGCCAGCCUUGAAACGUCACCAUGGCGGCAUGCUUGCAGCUUCAUUUGUCUUGGUUGUGGAGGUGUUGGAGAAUCUGGCAUUCUUGGCCAACGCAAGCAAUUUAGUUCUAUAUUUGGCGGAUUUUAUGCACUUUUCACCAGCAAGAUCAGCCAAUACAGUCACCAAUUUUAUGGGGACAGCUUUCCUACUUGCACUUCUUGGAGGUUUCCUCUCUGAUGCUUUCUUGAGCACCUAUUACAUCUACCUGAUAAGUGCAGUUAUAGAGUUCUUGGGAUUGAUUCUACUCACCAUUCAAGCUCGCUCUCCCUCAUUAAAGCCACCCAUUUGCAAUCAUCCCACCAACACACAAACUCCAAUUCCAUGCAAACAAGUUGGGGGUGGGAAGGCUGCAAUUUUGUUCACAGGCCUUUAUCUGGUAGCCCUGGGCGUCGGAGGCAUUAAGGGGUCACUACCAGCUCAUGGGGCCCAGCAGUUUGACCAUACCACAGCGCUUGGAAGGAAGCAAAGGUCUACAUUCUUCAACUAUUAUGUAUUCUGUCUCUCAUGUGGGGCACUUAUAGCAGUGACAUUAGUGGUGUGGAUUGAAGAUAAUAAGGGAUGGCAGUGGGGCUUUGGAAUCUCUACUGCAGCAAUACUCCUCUCUCUUCCUCUCUUCCUUGCUGGCUCUUCUACUUAUAGAAACAAAAUUCCCGAAGGAAGUCCUCUCACAACCAUAGCUAAGGUCCUGAUUGCUUCAAGUUGCACCAUCCAAAUUGCACGGGGCCCAAGUAACGCGAUCAUGAGCAUGGGCACAAGCCCAAGCAUGCCAACCCAGACCAACAAUGAGGAAGAAGAUGAGAAUGGCAAUGAUCCAAAGGAUCCGCCAAGCAGAGGCCUCAAGUUCCUUAACAGGGCAGCAACAAGAAAGCCUGUUUGGCAAGGACUGAAAUGUACCAUAGAGGAAGUAGAAGAGGUGAAGGUAGUGAUAAGAAUCCUCCCCAUCUUCGCUUGCACCAUAAUACUCAACUGCUGCCUUGCCCAGCUCUCCACAUUCUCAGUCCAACAAGCAGCCUCCAUGAACACCAAGCUCGGCUCCCUCUCAGUCCCACCUGCAUCACUCCCCAUCUUCCCUGUCGUCUUCAUCAUGAUCCUUGCCCCGCUUUACGACCAUGUCAUCAUCCCGUUCGCAAGAAAAGCCACAAAAUCAGAGAUGGGCAUAUCUCAUCUACAACGGAUUGGUAUUGGGCUGGUCCUCUCGAUUGUGGCAAUGGCAGUAGCGGCUCUGGUGGAGAUCAAGCGAAAGCAUGUGGUGCACCAAUCAGGGUUAUUCGACGGCAGCCGUCCACUGCCCAUAACAUUCUUUUGGGUGGCUUUGCAGUACUUGUUUCUGGGGUCCGCUGACCUUUUCACAUUGGCUGGUCUGUUGGAAUUCUUCUUCACAGAAGCGCCAGUUAGCAUGAGGUCCUUGGCUAUGUCGCUGUCAUGGGCAUCUUUGGCGAUGGGAUACUAUCUCAGCUCUGUUCUCGUCUCAAUAGUCAACAGCGCCACCAGCAGAUCACCGUGGCUCUCUGGCUCUAACUUGAAUCACUACCAUCUCGACCAUUUCUACUGGUUAAUGUGUGUCCUGAGUGCCUUGAAUUUCAUACACUACCUCUUGUGGGCUACCCGAUACAAGUACAGAUCUGCAGGGUGCAACAUCUAAAACCACGAUAUAUAUAUCAUGUAGCAAUUGCCAUUCUAGUUUGUAUCUAAUCCAUUGUCAACACCAAUUUUGGUUGUGAA